UCUCUUCCUGGGUCACACUGACUCGCAAAGGUAUCAAAUGGAUCCAUGAAGUAAUAAUUUAUAUCUUUAACCCCGUUUCCUCGCCAAAGGGAGAAUUUGUGCCUCUGGUUUUGCAUCUAUAAGCUCGGUUGAAACUCGUCGUUGGGCCUUCUGGUGGAGAAGCUCUGCCCGUUUGAGCCAACAUGUCUGCGGAGGAAGCGGAGAAAACCACCACCGCUGAUGCUAGCGCCGGAGACGAGGAGGAAGAAUGGCUCUAUGGAGAUGAGUCGGAGAGCAAAGAAGAAGACGAAGAAGCCAAACUGAACGCUGCAGUCAGUGCACCCGCGGAUGCUUCAACAGAAGAUGCAACUGCACACGCAACAGGGAACGGCGUGGCUGCAGAGCCAACAGGUGAAGCUGCAGCUGAGGAUGGGGACAGCGACUCUGACAGCGACGAUGACGACGACGAUGUCCGCGUCACCAUCGGUGACAUCAUACCUGGAGCUCCUCAAUACACACCUUAUGGAGCUCCACCUGUCAACCUCAAUAUAAAACCUACAGGCUCCAGAUCUUAUGGACAAGUCGCUACAAAGCUGAAGGGCGUCGACCUCGAUGCACCGGGAAACAUUAACGGCGUUCCAGUGCUGGAGGUGGACAUGGAGCUUUUUGAAGAGAAACCCUGGAGGAAACCAGGAGCGGAUCUCUCAGACUACUUCAACUACGGCUUCAAUGAAGACACGUGGAAGGCUUACUGUGAAAAGCAGAAGAGGCUGCGCAUGGGCCUGGAGGUCUCUACAGUUGGCUCCGUGACCAGCAAAAUCACUGUUCAGCAGGGCCGGACGGGGAACGAAAAGGACUUGUCCAGUUUGCCUGUUCACACCUCCAAGCCGGACUUCACGUCUCCCGUCAGCCUGUACAAGUCUGCCGUCAGUCAGAUCUCCAGGAAGUCUAGUGGCACCAUAGAUGUGAUCGGCGGACAGCUGGCCACCAUCAGCAGGGUCGAGGGGCGGCGCAGACACAAUCUAGACGGCAACAACAUCCAGGUCAUUUCUGAACACUCGACCUCAGAGUCCGAACCGACUCCUGCUAAAAUCCCCCCAUUCUUCCCGCCUGGACCGUUACCUCCCAACAUCCCCCCGCCUCCAUUUCUUCCCCCGCCGCCAAACGUCAGCACCGCGCCCCCGCUCAUCCCUCCACCCACUUCACUCAGGCUGCCCAUCACUGUCCCACCUCCUGGAUUCCCUCCUCCGCCCAGUGGGCCUCCUCCGACUAUCAUUCCCACUCUGGACAGCGGUCACCCUGGAGGUUAUGAUGGACGCUCUGCUCCUCCAUAUCCAUUUCCCCAAGGUGCUUAUCCUCCGCCCCUGGCUGGAAGCGUGCCUCCUCCAUGGCCGCCGAUGAUGGAAAACGCCAAACCCUGGGAGUACUAUCCCCGUAGAGACGACAAGAGAGACAAGGACCGAGAGAGGCCCAGAGAGAGGACGCAUGAGCGGGAGAGGGAGCGGGAGCACAGCCCUGCCGGGAUGGGCUACACCAGCGAUGAGGAGCGGUACCGCUACCGCGAGUAUCCAGAGCGCGGCUACGUGGAGCGCCACCGCGACCGGUCGAGCCGGGAGAAAGAGGAGCGGCACAGAGAGCGGCGGCACCGGGAGAAGGAGGAGGGACGCCACAAGUCCUCCCGCAGCAGCAGCAGCAGGCGGAGGCACGACAGCGAGGAGGGCGACAGCCACCGGAGGCAUAAACACAAGAAGAGCAAGAGGAGCAAGGAGGGCAAAGAGUCCAGCGAGAUCAGUGCGGACCCCGAGAACCAGGAGCCCAUGGAGUAGCAAGGAAAGCCCCCCCCCCGACCGGAAUGGGAGGAAACGAGCGAGAGACCAAAAACCAGCACGUCACCCAGUGAUGGAUGCUCCUCGUCACUCUCCCUCCAUUUCCCUCCAGCCCGCCGUCACUCAGCCUCACCAUCAGUCCGGGGAAAAGGAGGCGAAAGUGAAGCAUGGUCGUCGUCCUCAUUCAUCUUUCCAUCAGUACCGGGCAGAACGUCCAUCUGUCUUUAACCACCGGCCCUCCUCUCACUCCAUUAAGUCACAGAUUAGUCAGGACCAUCUGCCCAGUUUGCUCUUUCUCUGUUUUUUUGUUCCUUUGUUUGUGAAAUCAUCUGUAGAAAGAAUCAGUUAAGUUGAAUUAAAACACACUUUUGAUAAGA